AUGCCACUAAAGCCUAUCAAUGCUACUGAGCUGGGACAUUUGUCGGGUUUCGACGACGAUGCGUUUCGACCUCGUUGCAUUUACUUCUCAGUUGCGGAAGUGUUAGAACGUGCUACAAUCUCUAACAUCUCGCCGUAUACGGAGCUGUUUCCCCCGGUUGAUUCUUUUAUAAAACUGCAAAUCUUACGGCUUUUAUGCCUGUGCUUGGCCUGCCUGCUGCUGUGCGGUCGGGUGCGUGGUCAGGGGCAUGUGCUGGACAAGCCCGUCACGGAGCUGUGCCUCAACUGCAUUUGCGAGGCAAUGUCUGGCUGCAAUGCGACCGCUAUUUGCACCAAUCCGGAGAAGGGCAUCUGCGGCAUCUUUCGCAUCACCUGGGCGUAUUGGGUGGACGCUGGCAAAUUGACCAUAAAUGGCGAUCAACCCGAUUCGGAAGAGGCGUUCAUCAAUUGCGCCAACGAUCCGCACUGCGCCGCCAACAGCGUACAGAACUACAUGAAGAAGUUCAAUCAGGAUUGCAACGAUGAUGGCGAAAUGGAUUGCCAUGACUAUGCCCGCAUACACAGGCUGGGCGCAUAUGGCUGUAAAGGCGAGAUGCCCUUCAAGUACCUGAGCACCUUCGAAGACUGCAUUGAGAACUACGAGGAUCAGGGCUUUGAGUAACGGCCAGAGUUAUUUGUCCAAAAUAAGAUAUAGUUGGAUAGUUGUUCUCUAAAGUUGUCAAGCGCGAAUAGCUUAAUUUGGCUUAUAUUAAAAACAUGAUUGGUAUUGCUUGUAAAUUAACGGUUGGUAUCGGUUAUAACCGAUAAUUAUUAAAUGAGAGUUGCUAGUCGGCAGGAAUAUGAA